AUGACAAUGAGGCCUCAAUUUGUGUUGUUUGGUUCUUCAAUUGUUCAAUACAGUUAUUAUGAAGGUUGGGGAGCUACUCUUUCUCACUUGUACGCUCGUAAGGCGGAUAUAAUUUUGCGGGGAUACGCUAGUUGGAAUUCAAGACGUGCUCUCCAAAACGUGGAUAAAAUUUUUCCAAAGAAUGCCAUUGAGCAACCAUCGUUGGUAAUUGUGUACUUCGGUGGUAAUGAUUGUAUUCCUCCACAUCCAAGUGGCCUUGGUCCUCAUGUACCAUUGGGGGAAUACAUAGAAAAUAUGAGGAAAAUUGCUAUCUAUAUAAUGAGUCUCUCACAUAAGACUCGGAUUAUAUUUCUUAGUAAUCCUCCCAUCAAUGAGGAACUAAUCAAGCGCCAAAGUGACAAAUUUGGGUUACCACCAAGGACAAAUGAAGUAAUUCGAAUAUAUUCAGAAGCAUGUUUAGAUCUAUGUCGCGAGAUGAAAAUCAAGGCUAUUGAUAUGUGGUCUGCAAUUCAGAAAAAAGAUGAUUGGAAAAAUGUUUGUCUCAUGGAUGGAAUUCAUCUAUCAACCGAGGGGAGUGAAAUAUUGAGAAAAGAGAUAUUGAAAGUUCUCAAAGAAGCAGAAUGGGAACCAAGUCUAUAUUGGAAGUCAAUGGCAGUUGAUUUUGGAGAAGAUUCACCAUAUGAUAUUGUUUCUCCAGAUGGAAAGGGAACUAUUAAUUACUCUGACUUACCUUUUCCUCAAGGAGUAGAGUGGGACUAGACUUCAUUAUGUGCCUUAAAAUCCCUAGGUAAUACAAAGAGAACUAUUGAUCAUGCAUAUGGUUUUUCACCAUUUGAGUAGUGAAAUUUGAUUGUAAUUUAAAUUCACCAUAUUGUUAUGUAAGUUUAACAUCCAUGGUUUAAUUUUAAUUCUUUGGCUAAAA